GAGGUUUGGGCACAGUCUCUCGGUGGCUCCUCACGAAGCAGCCGCAGCGGCGGAUCCCGCUCGGGGCGCUCCAGGCCGCGGCCGCCGCCAGGUUGGGGGGGGUCCCCGGCUCGGGCAGGCUGCUGCCCCCUCCCCUCUGCCCGCCAUGAGCGGCUCUUUCGAUAAGAAGCUCUCCAGCAUCCUGACGGACCUCUCGGGCUCGCUGAGCUGCCAUGCAGCCUCCAAGGACUCUCCCACUCUGCCGGAGUCCUCGGUCACCGACCUGGGCUACUACACGGGCCAGCACGACUACUACCCGGGCCAGUCGUACGGGCAGCCCGUGGGCCACUACCCCUACCCCCAGUUCAACCUCAACGGCAUCGGCGCGGCCGGCACCUACUCGCCCAAAUCCGAGUAUUCCUACAGCCCCUCGUACCGCCAGUACGGGCACUUCAGGGAGCAGCAGCUCCCGGCGCAGGAGGCAGUGUCGGUGAAGGAAGAGCCGGAGCCCGAGGUGCGGAUGGUCAACGGGAAGCCCAAGAAGAUCCGCAAGCCCCGCACCAUCUACUCCAGCUACCAGCUGGCCGCCCUGCAGCGCCGCUUCCAGAAGGCGCAGUACCUGGCACUGCCCGAGCGCGCCGAGCUGGCGGCACAGCUGGGGCUCACCCAGACCCAGGUGAAGAUCUGGUUCCAGAACCGGCGCUCCAAGUUCAAGAAGCUCUACAAGAACGGCGAGGUGCCGCUGGAGCACAGCCCCAACAACAGCGACUCCAUGGCCUGCAACUCUCCGCCGUCACCGGUGUGGGACAGCCCCGGCUCCGCCCGGACCCCGCUGCCGCAGCCGCUGCCCUACAGCUCCUCCCCGGGUUUCCUGGAGGAGCACAACCCCUGGUACCACCCCCAGAACCUCAGCGGCCCCCACGGACCCCCCCAGGCGCAGGCGGCCCCCCCGAUGCACCACCCGUCCCCCGGGCCCCCCAGCACGGGCGCCGUGUACUGAAAAAGCACCGAGGGCUCAGAGACGCUGCACAACUCCUUGGCCUCCUUUUUUUUUUGCACCCCCUUAAACCCGCCCCGGUUUGGUUUUGUCUCUUGAUUUUUUUUUUUUCCCCCAAAAAAACCCGAAAACAACAAGACACCAAAGGAAAGGACCCCCCUCCCCAUCCCCGCGCCCACCCCUAGAAAUCCUCGCCCCGCUCAUCUCAGGAACCAGAGGACUGCAAAGGCUGCGAACCCGGCGCGGGAAAAAGCUGGAAAAUCCUUCAGUGCUUUUUGAAUUUCCGAAUUUUUCCAUCACCCUCCCUCCCUCCCUCCCUCCCCAGCCCGGAGAUCUUCACCCCAACCCCUCGCCGGAGCUUUGCCCGUCGGGGUGACCCCGCUGAGCGACCCCGGAUCCCACCGGGGCGGAGGAGCUUUGUCACCGCUGUCGCGACUGUCCCCAGCGGAGGGGGAGGUGUUUGGCCCUAGCUCUGGAAUUAGGGGCGGUUUUGGGGGUCACGGGACCCUCACCCCAGCCGGAAUCACCCGGGACGAUGCUCAGACCAGAAGGUGGUGAUUUAAAAUUAAAUAAAAAAAUGGGGUGGGGGGGUUGGGAGGAGGUGGGGGGGGGUGUGGGGAGGGAAAUAUUUUAAUAUUUAAGCAGUUCAGGAAUGGUUUUAAGUUAUUGUUUGAAGAGAAAAACUGGUGUUCAUCUCCGUUUUCUGGCUGUGCCUCCAGCUGUGGGUAAAGGAACGGCGAAAAUGCCUCUUUUUUAAGGAAAUCGACGACUUAUUUUAAAGGAAAAAAAAAAUAACCGAGCUCUUUCCUAUUUUUUAAGAGAAUAACGCUAUUUUUUUAAGCAGAAAGUGCCGUUUUAAGGAGUGUUCAUAGUGUUGUACAGUCCCGGGGAUUUAUUUAUGUUGCCUUCUAUAAAUAGGGGUGUUUUGGGGGGAAAAAAAGGGAGUGUACAUAAGGUUCGUUUGUAUAAAGUUGUUCCAAACCAAA